AUGGCAGGCAGCAGGGAAGCCUGUGGCCGCUCAGGAGAGCGAGAGGAAGACGAUGCCGAUGCCUUCAGGAGGCCGGGGCGGGUGAGGGGGGGGCGUCCGCGGAGUCCGCGGUCUCUGAGGCUGCUCCAGGUGGGGAAAACGGGCAGCGGGAAAAGCGUCACCGGAAACAGCGUCCUGGGCAGGAGAGAGUUCCAGUCUAAGCUCAGCAGGGCCUGGGGAUCCUUAUUCCAGCGCAGCGUCCGCGGCUGGGCAGGGAGGGAGCUCGAGGGAGUCGACACACCCGACGUCCUGUUCCCACUGGCCGGGCCGGAGGCGGCGGUGCGGGCCAUCUGCGAGGUGGUGGCCUUCUGGGCACCCGGACCGCACCCGGUGCUGCUGGUGACGCAGCUGGGCUGCUUCGCCAAGGAGGACCGGCGGGUCGUGCGGCGCCUGCAGCAGGAGGCCUUCGGGGUGGGCGUCCUGGCGCAAUCGGUGCUGGUGUUCACGCGUGUGGUGGCCCUGGAGUGCGGCUCGCUGGAGGAGAACGUGCGGACAACCAGCACCUGCCCCAGCUGGACGCGGUGGCGCGAGGCGCAGCUGCAAGAGCUGCUGCAGGUGGUCGAUGGCGUUCUGUGGGAAAACGAGGGCCACCCCUACAGCCCCCCGGCCUACCGGUACUCCCAGCAGCGCAGCCUGCUUGGGGCUGCGCGGGACACGCAGAUUCACCCAGGGCAGGGUUCCGAGGGGGCGCACCCCCCCGCCCAGGAGUCCCUGCUGGAGGGACUGUGCCAAUUGCAGAAGGAAUUCGAGAAGGUUCACAGACAUCUGCUCAGCAGGGAGCCCAUUUGA